CAGGGCCGGACCGGUAGGGGUCCCAGCCCUCAAGGGCGGGACUGCGCGCCGACAGGAGAGAUUUACAAAGUGUCUGAGCAUCAUGGAACAUCUAGGUUCUACGUUAACGGCAACUUACGCCCAUCCUAAACCAACACCAACCAAUUUUCUACCAGCCGUCGGUACUCUGGCAUCCAGCUACAGGGACCGCUUCCCCCACAACAAUGUGACCCAUCCCUUGAGCCUUCCUUGGAGGCCAAGCACGUACUACAAAGUAGCCUCCGACUCACCAACCUUGGGCCCGUACUGCACCAGAUCUCAGAAGGUGUGCGACAAUACCAUGCUUCCCUUUGUUUCCAACCGAACCACUCUCUUCACAAGGUAUACUCCUGAUGACUGGUAUAGGUCCAAUCUAACCAACUAUCUCGAAUCCGACACUUCCCGACAUAAUUCCGAGAGGCUAAGGGUAGAUACGUCUCGCCUGAUUCAAGACAAGUAUCAACACACAAGAAAAACUCAGGCAGACUCCACGCAAAAUUUGGGAGAACGAGUCAAUGACAUAGGAUUUUGGAAAUCUGAGAUCACUCAUGAGUUGGACGCAAUGAUUGGAGAGACAAAUGCACUCACUGAUGUUAAGAAAAAAUUGGAGAGGGCCUUGAUGGAGACAGAAGCCCCUCUUCAGGUAGCCCGAGAAUGUCUAUUUCAUCGAGAGAAGAGAAUGGGAAUUGAUCUAGUUCAUGACGAUGUGGAAACCCAACUACUGACGGAGGUUGACAUUAUUCUGUGCUGUGAAGAAAGGAUGAAGCUUCAUUUGGAUAAGGCCAUCGCUCAACUUGCAGCUAACAGAGCUUCCCAGCACGAGCUGGAGAAGGACCUGAGUGACAAACAGGCAGCUUACCGAAUCGACAAUAAAUGCCACCAUCUGCGCAACACGUCGGAUGGUGUCAGCUACUUUCGCGGAGUGGAGAGGGUCGAUGCGACGGUCUCAGUGCCCGAGUCCUGGGCCAAAUUUACGGAUGACAAUGUUCUCCAUUCCCAAAGUACGCGAGCGGCCUCUUCCAAGCUAAGGGACGACAUUCACAACCUGUUGGUUGUGACUGCCAACGAGAUGUGGAAUCAGUUCAACAAAGUGAACUUGUCUUUCACCAGUCGUAUUGCUGAGACCGCAGACGCUAAAAAUAAGAUUCAGAUUCACUUAGCGAAGACCCUGCAGGAGAUCUUCCAGACUGAGAUGACCAUAGAAUCCAUCAAGAAGGCCAUCAAGGACAAGUCCGCCUUCCUGAAGGUGGCUCAGACCAGACUGGACGAGCGCACCAGGAGACCCAACAUAGAGCUCUGCCGGGACAUGGCUCAGCUACGCCUCGUCAAUGAAGUAUACGAGGUGGACGACACCAUCCAGACCUUGCAACAGCGUCUGAGGGAAGCAGAGGACACCUUGCAGUCGCUGGUUCACAGCAAAGCCACCCUGGGGCACGACCUGGCCGUCAAAGCCAACUCCCUGUACAUCGACCAGGAAAAGUGCAUGAGCAUGCGGAAGACUUUCCCCAACACCCUCCGGUUGGCGGGCUUCUGUUAGGGACCCCCCCCCUCCCCCCCCAGGAGGAGCCGGGGAAAGAGAACCAAAGCCACAGGGCUUUGGUGGCAGCAUCGAAAUCAGCUGCUCCUCUAUUCACUUAUUAAAGGAUUGCGUUGAUAGAAAGGUA